AUGCAUCUCGUAAUAGCCCUCCUAGCUCAGGUAACCCUCGUCCUCAGCGCCCCCCUCGACGACCUCACAGGUUGCCUCCGCACCGCUUCCGUACCCAUCGCAUCCUCAGCUCCGACGCCAUACAACCUCCGAGUCCCCGUAAAGCCCCUUCUCGUUGCCUUCCCGACCACAAACGCUCAGAUCGCUUCCGCUGUAACAUGCGGCUCCAAGAAUGGCAUCAGCGUCAGUGCAAAGAGUGGCGGACACAGCUACAUCUCGGCCGGGUACGGCGGCGAAGAUGGACAUCUUGUGAUAAACCUGGAUCGCAUGUACAGCGUGACAGUCGCGAGCGAUGGAACAGCCAAGGUCCAGGCUGGUGCGCGGCUAGGACACUUUGCGACGGAGUUGUAUAAGCAGGGAAAGAGAGCAAUAUCUCAUGGGACAUGCCCAGCUGUCGGCGUCGGCGGCCACGCUCUGCACGGCGGCCACGGCAUGGUCUCCCAUACCUACGGCCUCGCCGCAGACUGGAUUAAAGCCGCAACAGUCGUCCUCGCCAAUGGCACAAUCACGCGCUGUUCAGCGACCGAGCGACCUAACCUCUUCUGGUCUGUCCGCGGCGCGGGUUCGUCCAUGGUCAUCGUGGCAGAAUUUGAGUUCAAUACCUUUGCCGCGCCCGAGAAAGUGACGUAUUUCGACAUCGAUCUAGUCUGGGACACGGCGAAGCUGCCACAGGUUCUGGUCGAUACGCAGGAAUUCGCAAAGACUAUGCCGGCGGAGCUGACGAUGUCGACGACGUUUAAUAAUGACGGGAGCUACAUCAAUGGCGCGUAUGUUGGUGAUGAUGUGGGCUUUCGCGCGACAGUGCAGCCUUUGCUUGCGAAGAUUGGCGCCAAGGUGUCUAGUUCCAAGACUGUGGGAUGGAUUGACUUCAUCAAGCACUAUGCGGGUGUGACUGAUAUUGACGUGACGACGGCAACGUACAACGAGCACGACAACUCCUACGCAUCAAGCCUCACAACCCCCGCCCUCAACAAAACAACCUUCCAAUCUCUCGUCGACACCAUUGCGAGAAAUGGUCUCACCGCGUCCCGGACCUGGUACAUGCACAUGAAUUUUCAUGGGGGCUCAAACUCGGCCGUGGCGCGGCUCAAGACCAACGACACCGCCUACGUCCACCGCGACAAGAUGCUCCUUUUCCAGCUCAAGGACGGCGUCUCGACGAGCCAGACGUACCCUUCAGAUGGAUUCGCGCUGCUCCAGGGAUUGAGGCAGAGUAUCACCAAGGGGCUGGGUAACGAUCAGUGGGGGAUGUAUGCAAAUUAUCCUGAUUCCCAGUUUAGUGCGAGCGAGGCGGUGCCGUUGUAUUGGGGGAGUAAUCUGAGGAGGUUGGAGUGGAUUAAAGCUGAUUAUGAUCCGACGGAUUUGUUUCGAUUUGUGCAGUCUAUCAAGCCUGCUGAAUAG